AUGGCAUUUCCACAACCGCCGGGUCUUCUGCCGACCGAGGUGGCAUUCCUGUGCGAGAUGGAACAAGUGACGAUCGUGCCGCGGCAACGCCUUGAACGUCUCGACUUAUUGGGCGGCCCAACCAGACCAUUGAUUCCACCCCAAAGAACGACCCUCCCACUCUGGCUCGCUGUGCUGCUUAAACGGCAACAACGCGCCAACAUCGCACCACCGCCCUGGCUCGCGACCGAAAACCUCGAAAUCAUCUUGAACCUCGAGACUCGCGAGUUCCGCGACUCCUUCUCCCCGGCCCCUCCACCACCAGCACAGGCCCCAGUUCCAACACCACGAGAUUUCUCUGGGAAGCCAUUUCACGCCUCGGCGCCCUUCAUACCGUCAUGUACCGUCGACGCACACCCCACCGCCCUGCCGUACCAUUGGUUCGAAGUGUCGGAGAUGCUGCUAGACGCAGCGAGUGACGAUGUCGGCGAACCGGACCGCGUCAGGCAGCUUUUACGGGACAUACGGGAGGUGCGGCUGGCGAAGAUGCGCAAGGGCGUAAAGGAGUUGACCGGUGACGGAGUGGGAAUGAUACUCGAUGGCGUUGGUGCCAUGGAAGUUUCCGAGUCGAGGGGAUUCAUCACGGGAGUCAUGGACGGCCUAAGGAAGAUUGAUGCCAGUCGGGAACAGGCACGGAGGGAUAGGGAGGAUGAAGAGAGGGAGAAUCGCAGAUAUAAUGACGACGAUGGGGAUGAGGACGAUGAGAUGACGUGA